AUGUCACAUUUACCUGUCGCUACCAAAGAAGCGCGAUCUACGUUUGAUAGUCUCGAAGAAUGCACAUACGCGAAUAAGAGUCUAGGAAGGACGAAACAGAAUCUCGAAGAAGCCUACUGUGAUUGUUAUCUCACAGGUGGAGAGUGCGGUAAUCACUCGGAUUGUAUCAAUAGACUCACCCAAGUCGAGUGUCUUCUUGACGAUUGCAAGACUGGGCCACAGUGUAACAACCAGCGAUUCCAACGUAAACAAUGGGCAAAUAUCGACAUUAUCAAGACUGAAAAGAAGGGAUACGGUUUGAGAGCUAAUGUCGACCUUGAUAGGGACACGUUCUUGAUUGAGUAUAUAGGUGAAGUAGUCACUCAAACGCAGUUUCUUAGACGUAUGAACACCUACUCAAAGGAAGGUAUCAAGCACUUUUACUUUAUGAUGCUCCAGAACGAAGAAUUCAUCGAUGCCACACGCAGAGGAAACAUAGGGAGAUUCGCAAACCAUUCAUGUGCACCAAACUGCUUUGUAUCCAAAUGGGUCGUUGGAAAAUAUGUCAAAAUGGGUAUUUUCACAAAACGGAAGAUCGAAAAAGGCGAAGAACUCACUUUUAACUACAAUGUAGACAGAUAUGGACAUGACGCCCAACCCUGUUACUGUGGAGAACCAAAUUGUGUCGGUUUCAUUGGUGGUAAAACCCAAACUGACAUAGGUGGUAUGGACGAUCAAAUCCUUGAUGCUUUAGGUAUCACACCAGAGGAGAUUUUCCAACACCAGCUUAAAGGUUCCAGGAAAAAGAAAUCCAAGAAGCUUGACGAGGAUUAUGAACUCACCCUCAAGCCAAUGGUACUUACUGAUGUACCCAAGGUUAUUACGGCCGUUAGACAGUCCUCUACUAAUAGAAAGAUUCUUAUAAAGUUACUCCAACGUAUGAGGAUGACUGAAGAAAUUGAUAUCCAACGUCAAAUGAUGCGUAUGCAUGGUUUCGCAAUACACUCAUCAUUACUCUCUGAAUACCCAGAUGACGAAGAGAUUAACACAAUAGUCCUCGAAAUGUUAUCACAAUGGUCACAGCACCUUAAAGUAAAGAACAAAAUAGAAACAUCAAAAAUAGACGAACCAGUUAAAGCUAUUCUCGAAAAAUUCGAAAAUCCUGAAAUAAAGAAGCAUGCAACGGACUUGCUAGAAUUAUGGAAUAAACUCGAGAGUGCAUAUAGGAUACCAAAGAGGGGUCUGAACCAAACUGAAGACGACAUCCUCAAAGCAGAGAAUCAAACAGAUUUGAUGCAACAGCGAGAAAAUAAGAGGCUGAGAUUACAAGAAGAAAAUUUGUUUAAAUCCCAAAGAGAAUUUAUUAAGCCAGAAGCAUCGUCGACGCCAUCGCAGAGCGAAGCGCCUACCUUGCUCGAACUUGAGAAAGAACGGAAAAGAGAGCGCGAAGAGAAGUUCUCAAAUGCUGCCAACCAGAAACUCGAAAAAGAAGCUAUACAAAAAGUCAUAGAGAAUGCUCGAAUUGUCGAGCAACAACGACAAGAAGAACUCGCAAGGCAAAAGGCAGAAGAGGAGGCUGAGAAGAAGAAGAAGAAAGAGGACAAUGAAGCGCGCAAAGCUGCCAAAAAGGAGAAGGAAAAAGAGAAGAAAGAAAAGGAGAAAGAGCGUGAGCGGCGAAAGUCAUCCAAUGGGAAAACAACUUCAAGUGACAAGCCCACAUCUGGUUCUUCUAGUGAUCCAUUUAAGAAACUUCAUAAACAGAUCGGUGAAGUUGUCGUAAACACAAUGUCGAAGAAUAAAGACAGAUUCAGUCAUGAUAGCUUCAAGAAACAUGCGAAGGAGCUAACGAGUACGCUUCUCGAGAAGGAGAAGAAGAAAGGUGGUACGGAAGUGACUGAUGAUAAGAAAGUCAAAAUGAAAAAGUUCAUUAAAGAGUACGUAAACAAGAUCCUGGCAAGAAAAGAAGCAAAGAAGGAAGGUGAAAGUAAUAGUCAAGGAAAUGAACCCGAAAAAUCACCAUCCAAGGAGCCAGAGCCACUUGCGGAAGAAAUGAUGGCAGACUGGUAAACCUAGAAAAGCCAAUUAUUUAUUCAUUCUUGUAUUAAAGACUUU